AUGCUCAAGUUUGUUAUUCUUGUACCAGAUAAGCAAGAAAACACUAACACUACUAGUGCAACAACAACUAUGACGAUGGUCCCUAUAACGACGGUCCUUACAACCACAUCACUAACGAUAACAACAGAAUCAUUAACGACAACCAUGACUACAACUCAACAAUCAAAUUCUCCAAAACCUGCUGAUGGUAUUUGUGCAAAUGCAACAUGGUCACGAAAUGGAACAACUGUAGCUGGGGGCACUGAUCAAGGAUCAGAACUCAAUCAAUUACUUUAUCCCUAUGGACUUUUUAUCGAUAAAAAUCAAGCUAUUUAUGUGGCGGACACAGAAAAUCAUCGUAUAGUCAAAUGGGAUCAUGGUGUAUCCAGUGGUCAGCUAGUCGCAGGUGGAAAUGAUGAAGGAGAAGAUGCUAAUCAAUUUCAUAAACCGACUGAUGUUGUCGUUGAUAAGGAUGGAAUUAUGUACAUUAGUGAUACAGGUAACAGUCGUUUACAGAAAUGGCAUCCAAAUGCUAAAGGCGGAGAAACAAUUAUUGAAGAGUUUUUUGUCUUCGGUGUUGCACAAGAUGAAGAAGGAUCAAUCUAUUUAUCUAGUGAAAUUAAGUACGAAGUGAGAAAAUGGCGUACUGGUGAGACUGUUGGACAAUUAAUCACUUCAGAACUUAGUUUUCCACGUUUGUUGUUCGUUGAUCGAAAUCAAUCUGUUUAUAUUGCUGACGCAAAUAAUCAUCGAGUGAUAAAAGUCGAUAAUGGAUCAACACAGAUAACGAUUGUUGCUGCCGGAUCUCUUGAUAAUGAACCAUAUCAAUUAGGAAAUCCUUCUGGUGUUGUUGUUGAUGAUUCGGGCGCCGUAUAUCUGACUGAUACUAGUAGUAACCAAAUAAUGCGAUGGCUACGUGGCGCUACACGUGGUCAUGUUAUUGCUGGUGAUAGCAAACCAGGCUCUGAAUCUGAUCAACUUUUUAAUCCAACUGAUAUAGCACUAGAUUCUGAUGGCAAUCUCUAUGUGGUCGAUUCUAAUAAUCAUCGCGUACAAAGAUUUGAUAUCGAUAAAAGUAUGUGUUAG